CUGAAUUAGGAUUUCGGUGUCGCCAGCAAACUGACGGCCGGCGGUAGCUGAAUGCGGCGAAACCGUGGCGGGAUGUAGCUGUGCUCCCUGUUGCACAUGAACUUCGACUUUUCCCUGGCGACUUCCGUCGGCCAUACUCUUGACUUACACAAAUUGCUACUGAAUAUCUUAGCCGGGCUGUGAUUCACCCGUUUAACUUUAGCACUGUCGUUAGAAGCCCCGCAGCGAAUCCGUCUGCGCUAGCCUUGCACUUAGGAAGUCGUGCGCUAUUUAGUCCACUUCAGCUGUACAUUGUUCUCCUGCUUUCAUUGAUUGGUCAAUUCGUCGACUAGCAUUCUCUAGUUAUGGCCGCCCAUCGUGCGCGCCAUGUACUACACGGCGAUGAUAGUGAUAAUGGAGAGGAGCUGCAGCCCUCCACCACCCAGAAGAAGGCGCACAUGACAUUGCAGGACAGCUCAUCGGAAGACGAGGCACCCUCGCGGACUGCCGACCUUCGGCGUCAAAGUAAGGGCUCCGUGGCCGGUCGGCCCGGCACCUAUCUCGGUGGGCACCGUCUGGACGACUCUGGCGACCUGCGGCCGACCACCCCACCCACCGGCACACCCUCCGGCCGUGGCACACGCCAGGCCGAUUGGGCCGCAGCAGCUGCAACGACGGCACUAGCAGAGCAUCAGCAGGAACGCAUGGCACAGUCUCAGGCGUUGGGUAUUACUGCUGUGCAUAGUCGCACGACUGGCGGCGUGUACGGCGCGCUCCCAGCCUCGGAGGGCAUGUCGGUGCGUCGGCACACCGUCGCCGCCGGGGUGCCGCCAACCGCCUCCAACAAGGGCCUGGCGCCUCCCCCCACCGCUACCAAGGCGGCGGCCGCUCGCACGCUGGACCACUCUAGCAGUGAGGACGAGGGCGGCGCCGACACCGUGGCAGCAUGCGCCGUGGGCAGCUCCCGUGCGGCCAGCUCACCUGGGCGUAACAGCGCGGCCGCGAGCGCAGCAGGUGACGGGCCUGUGGCGGCUGCCCUCCCCAGCGCCAAUGCCGCCAUGCAGCGCUCCACCGGUGGCGGCAGCUUCGCGAGCACUCCUGCCACGGCCUUCGGCCAGUCCAACGGCGGCGCCAGUAACAUCAGCCAGCGCCGCCCAAUGCCGCAGCCGUCCGCCGGCGGUGCGAGCUUCCUGCGGCGUGUGUCGUCCAGCGCCUCCACGUCCAGCGAGGCCAGCGCACCGGAGUCACUGGCUUCCUCUCGUCACACGCUGGCGUCAUCGCGCGCAGGCGGCCCCACGCCGAGUGUGCAGCGCGCUGUGGCCCGGCAGCGGCUGGACGACAGCAGCAGCGACGGCGGCGAUCGGGAGCACGAGUCUUCCGAGGAAGAGGCGGGCCCCCGUGGCGGCGUCACCGCCGGCCGCCGGCGGACAUCUGGAACAUCGGCGUCCAUUGCGUCAGCAGGCGCCGGUGCCGGCGCCAGCGCUAGCCGCCGGGCACCAGGUGCCGUGGUGGCAGCGGCUCAAACCGCGGCGACUGCAGCAGCUGCGUCCCGGCGCCGCACUGACGUGCCCGCCAGCAGCAAGCCAGCCAGCGCCGCCGCGCCUGGCCGUCGCGCGGGCGCCCCAGCUGGCAUGGCAAGUGAUCCAGGCGGCACGUUCACGUUCGAUGCCGCCAGCGGCGGCGGAAGUGCCAGCGGCGCCAGCGGCGUGGGCGGCGCCGAUGCACUUUCGCCGCGCAUGCGCCAGGUGACAGCGGCGGCCGCCGCCGAGGUGGCCAGCGCCGCCGCCAGCAGCAUGCGGCCGCUGCCUGUGACUGCCAUCGUGCCCGCGCCCGCUUCCGCCUACGUGCGCCAAACCUCUGCCUCCGCGCCCGCCCUCCCAAACGGCGGCCGCGCAGCGCCCACGGACGGCGCUGACGCCGUGGCGGGCUUCGCCAGCAUCGGCGGCGCCGUGACGGCCAUGCCGGUGCACGUGUCUGACCACCACAUGGCCUCCGCGCAGCGCAUCACCACCUGGCUGGACGAGCAGCCGCUGCCGCCCGCCAUGUCCUCGGCCGGCGGCGCGGACGACAUCACCAGCGAGUACGGCACCAGCAUGGCCGCCACCGACAUGGACGACGCCGCUGCCGCCGCCGCCGCAGGCCGCCGCGCCGCGCGCGCCGCAGCUGCCAGCGGCGGCGGUGCCAGCAGCGCAGCGGUCGCUGCCGCGCACGAGUCCAGCAUUGCGCCCGCCAGCAGCGGCGAGCUUGAGCUGCCUGGCAUGGAGGUUGCGGAGCCGUUGGGCCGGGACACCGUUGCCGCGCGCCUGCGCGUAGUACGGCUGUCUGUUUCGUCCAACGGCUCGUCUGACUCUGAGGAUGGCCAGGCACAGGCGCCGCCGCCACCGGCCACUUCUCGCGCUCGCGCUGGCCCCCGCCUGCCAGUUGACAUCUCCGACAGCGAGGAGGGCGACGGCGAGGCAGCGCAGCAGCCCGUCGAGGGUGACGAGCAGGAGCAGGAGCAGGAGGAGGCUGAGGUCGAGGAGGCGCCUGCAUCCGGUGCCGUUGUCGCAGCGAACACCUACACGGCCCCAUCAGCCGCGCCCGCCUUCAACCCGGUGGUGGCGCGGCGCCUGGAGUUUGCCAACUCCAACAGUGCCUCCACCUCAAGCAUCAGCUCAACUGCGCCGGCCCCUGCCGGCGCCGCGCCACAGCGACGCAACAGCUCACUUCAUUCCUCGCCUUCCCUCCGCCCCUCUGCGUCGCCAUCGCCCGACGCAGCCAGCGCCGGCGCCUCGGGCUAUCGCGCCGCGCCGCGGGCGGCAACCUCCGCCGGCGCCUCCUCAAGGCGCUCACAGCAGCCUGCCUCCGCAGCAGCCUCAGCGGACGCCGGCAAGGCCUCCAGCACCUCGGCCUCGGCACGCAUCGCCUCAGCCGGCGGGCUGCGCAGCGCCGCGGGUGCUGCCGCCGCUCCCGACGCUGACGGCAGCGCCCGCUCCACUCCGCUGGAGCUGCGCAACGUGCUGUCCGCGCUGGCCCGCCCGGCAUGGCCCAGCGGUGCUGGCGGCGCGGCCGCCUCGCCGUCCACCGGCGGCGGUGCCAAGCGCGGCUCGCCGUCGUCCGCGCCCAGCCCCCGGCCCUCCGUUGGCGCAGACCCGGUGCAGUCGUUCUCCUACACCGAGCUGCUGAACGUCAUGCGCGCCAUGUCGACCUCUGGCAGCAGCAGCGCCGCCGCGGCUGCGGCUCUGGCCGGCAUGCUGCAGAGCCAGCAGCAGUCGGCGCAGCCGUCCGCUGGCGGGGCCAGCGCCACAUCCGAGGGCGCUCGCAGCGGCGCCAGCAGGGGCAGCCCUCGCCACUCUUCCUCGGCCCAGCAGCACGAGCAGCCGCCGCGCAGCCGCCGCUCCGGCGCUGCAACCGCCUCUGUGACCGCUGCGGCCGCCGGCUCCCCGCAGCCGCGCAGCGGCUUUGCCAGCCCCAGCCCGCGCGCCACCUCGGCGUCCGCGCCCGCUGCCGCGCCCUACACCACCACCACCACCAUCUCCCCGGCGCCUGCCUGCACGCCCGCGCCUGCCCAGCCCAUGUACGUCCGCCCCUCCGUGGGCGGGGCCAGCACCGUCAGCAGCCUGAUGCCCGAGCACCCGCUUGCGGCGCCAGCGGACCGGCUCUGGUCCAGCGCCGGCUCCAGCCAUUCCGGCGCCGCGCCCUCAGCUCCGGUCCCCGCCUCCGGCGCGGCCCGCACCACCGCCAACGAGUCGGGCCUGACCGCGGAGGAGCAGCAGCAGCAGCGGGACUUUGCGGAGCUGGUGCACCUGUGGACGCUGCUGACGGGCCGCCGCUUGGCCAGCAGCGCCUUCACCGGGCCGGUCGAGGCCGCCGGCGUUGCGCUGCCCAUUGAGUCUCCGGCGCACACCACCGCAGGCCACAGCGUGUCAAACCAGUCACCGGCGCGGCCGGUGUCUGCUCCCCGCACGCGCGCAUCUGCGCCGCCCGCAUCCCCGGCGGUGCUUGCUGCUUCGGCGGCGGCCAUGGCCACCUCGGCCGUCAUUGCCGCGGCCCGCGAGCAGCACCACCAGCAGCAGCAGCAACACCAGCAGCAGCAGCAGCAGCAGCACCACCAGCCAGCGCCGGGAACACCCUACGGCUACCACCAAGCCGCCGCUGCUGCCGUUGCUGCUGCUGCAGCUGCCGCCACGCCUACGGGCCCUCGCCACACCGCGCCAACCGCGGCCGAGCUGCAGCCGCAGCAGCACCGCUACGCCAGUUUCAGCUCGCUGCCGCCCGAGCUGCAGCACCUGGCUCGCCUGGUCAGCUCCGCCGGCGCCAGCGCGGACGAGCCUCUGCUGCCCCCGCCACCGCAGGCCGCAGCUGCCGCCCUUUCCUCCGCUCCGCCCUCGGGCCCGCAGUGGCCGUCGUCAGCUGGCUCCACUGCGCAGCAGCCUCGCCACGCGCACAGCCCGGCGCACCACGGCUCGGCCAGCGCGCCGGCCUCGGCAGGCGGCUCGGAGGACCUCCGCCGCCUCGUGCGCCUGCUCAGCGCCGCCGGCCGCUCGGAUGAGCAGCGCCUGCAGCAGCAUCGCACCUCGGGCGCCGCGCCGCCGUCACCAGCGGCCGCUGCGGCGCAGAGCGACCUGUCCCGCCUCAUCCGCCUGCUUAGCUCCACCAGCCAGAACGACGCCGACUCGCCGGCAGCUGCCAGCAGCUCCCCCUCCACCGCACCCAGCGACCUCGUGCGCCUGGUGCGGCUCCUCAGCGCCGCUGGCAAGUCUUCACAGGCCGCCUCGCCAGCCGCCUCCGCGCCUCCCUCCGCCCGCGUGACCGGCGCCAGCUCUGCGCCAGCGCCUGCUGUACCUGCCGCUGUGCCUGCCGCCACCUCUACGGGCGGCCUGCUGCCGUCCACGGCGUCCAUCGCCACCUCCGUUGGCGGCCUGGCGCCCACCGCCUCGGAGUCAGCUCCUCGUGGCUCCCCCCUGGCCUCCGUUGCCUCCGUCGCCACCUCCGUUGGCGGCCUGGCGCCCAAGGCCGUGUCCACCGCUACGUCCAUGGCUGGUGCCGUGCCCGCAGCUGCACCAGCACCGAUGCCGGUGGCCGCGCCCGAGCCCGCGCUGGAGUCCGCGUCGGCGCCUGAGGCCGCAGCCGAGGCUGAGCCAGCGCCUGUCGCUGAUGUGCAGCCCACCCGGCCUGCCACUGAGGCCGGCGCGACUGAGGAGGCUGCCCCCAGCCCUGCGCCCGCUGACUCCGUGGCUACCGAUUCGGCGGCUGCCCAAACAGAGGCGCCGGAUGCUGCCGCGCCGACUGAAGCCGCGGCGGUGCGGACCGACGCGUCCGCUCUUGCAGCGCCGACUGAGGCGGCGGCGGUGCAGACCGAGGCCGUCACGCGCUCCGCUGGUGGCCAGACUGAGCCGCUGCCUCAGCCCCACACAGUCGAGGGCGCCGUGCAGCUGGACGGGGACGACCUGCGCGCCAGCCAUACUCGUAGCGCCGGCGGCCAGACCGAGCCGGCGCCCGCGGUGCCGCAGGCCAGCGCCGGCCAGCAGACCGAGUCCGCGCUGUUUGCCGACACAGCUGCCCCUGCCGUGGACACAGCGGCCGCGGCUGCGCAGACGGAGGAGCCGAUGCUGCCGGCGACCAGGGCCGCAGGGGUGCAGACGGAUGUGAGCCGCCUGCCCCGCGCGAUGCUGGGGCUGCCGGUCGCGGCGGUGCAGACCGAGGAGGCGGGCGUGGGCCUGCCCUUCAGCUCAGUGGCCAAGAGCGCCGGCGUGCAGACCGAGCCGGCGCCUGCCAUGCUGUCCUCGGAGGCGCAGACGGAGGUGGUGCGGCUGGCACGGAUGCUGUCCGUUGCCGGCCAGACCGAGGCCGAGCUGCUGCCGGAGACUAUGAGUGCCGAGGCGCAGACGCAGCUGGUGCGCGUGCUGCAGCUGGUGUCGGCCGUCAGCGUGCAGACCGACGCGCAGGGCGAGCAGCCGUCCGGCCGCAAGGUGGUGUCGGCGGGCGGCCGCCGCCCGGAUGUGGUGCGCGUGCUGCGCAUGCUGUCCAUGGGUGGCGGCGCCGGCCGCCGGCGCACCACCGUCUCCAGCGACGCCUUUGCUGCGCCGGAGGAGGCCGAGGAGCUGGAGCCCGAGCUGGAGGUCUCGAGCGAGGACGAGGAGGAGGAGGUGGAGCAGGUGCAGGUUGAGCAAUCGGAGCCGCCGCCCAGCCCCGCCGUGCAGGCCGAGGUGACGGCGGCGCUGCGGCUGCUGUCGGCCGGCGGCACCGUCUACCUGCCCGGCGAGCCGCUGCCUGAGGAGCACACGCCCACGCUCAGCCCCGCCACCCGCGCCGAGGUGGUGCGCGCGCUGCCGCUGCUCUCUGCCGGCGGCACCGUGCACCCGCCGCUGCCGCCUGCUGCUGGGCCCGCCGUUGCCAGGCCCCCGCUCAGCCCGGGCGCCCAGGAGGAGGUGGUGUGCGCGUUGCGCAUGCUGUCCAUGGGCGGCACUGUGCACCUGCCCCAGCCCCAGCCUGAGGCGGCCGCCGCCGCCGCUAUUGCUGCGGACGUCAUCACCUUGACCGCCACCCUGGGCGCUGUGUCGCGCGCCGAGGUGCACCGGGCCCUGCGCACCCUGUCUGUGGGCGGCACCGUGCACGCGCCGGGCAGCUUUGGCGGCGUUGCCGCCGCAGCUGCCGCUCCCCAGCCCCGCGGCACCGGCCACUCCGCCUUCAGCACCUGGUACGGCUCGCCCAGCAGCAGCACCGCCGGCACGCAGACCGUGGUCACGCGCGCACUGAAGCUCCCCUCCGGCCAGCUGGUGGAGUUGGAGCCGCUGCUGCCGCUGCUGUCUGCGGACGAGUCCGAGAUCGAGAUGGCCGCGGCGGCGGCCGGCAUGGACGCCGGCCACUGCGGUGCCGGGCAUUGGAUGAGUGCGCUGCGCGCCCUCAACGCCACGCUGGGUGACACCCCCGACAGCAGCUUCAGCGUCCCGAACCCCGCCGCACGCGCUGGCCAGCCCGCUGGCUCAAGCGCCGGCGGCGCCUCCGCCGCGCCCAGCAGUGCGCUGAUGCGCGCGCUGCAGAUGCUGGCAUCCUUUGACAUGAGCGACGGCGGCGCCUCGGCCUCCGCCGGCGGCGCCGCCGUGCCGCUGUCGGUGUCCGUGAGCGCCGGCACUGGCGCGGUGUCGCCGGUGCGCGCGGCCUCCGUCAACGUCACGGACGGCGGCAUGCAGACCGACAUCACGGCGCUCGACCUGGCGACGGUACUGCAGCCGGCGGCGACGGCAGACUCGGAUACCGCGCGGCCGUUCCAGUCGGCUCCCGGCACUCUGGCUGCUCCCCUGGCGCUCGCUUCGCUGGACGUGAAUGACGAGGUUUCCAGCGUUGAGAACGCCUCGGGCACCUCCAUCACCGUGGCCCCCGCCAUCUCCGCAGCUGUGCCUGAACAGCAGCGCGUGCCAUCGCCGCCAACUUCCACCCAGAUUGGCGCCGCCUUCGCGCUGCGCAACCUGCCCAUCGCCAGCGACGGCGGCCUGAUGCAAGCGCCGCACCACGAGGCCGUCACCGCCGGCCGCGUGGGCAGCAGCGGCGGCAUGCUUGCCUACCUGGAGGCCGCCGACCCCACCACCGCCACCGCCCUCAUGGAGCUGAUCCAGGCGCUGCAGCUCAUGACGCUGGCCUCGCGCCGCCGCGGCCGCUGGGUCAGUGACGGCAGCAGCGUCGCCAGCGGCACUUACCUGCAUCACGCGCCCGCCGGCCACUACGAGCCUGACAGCCCCGCGGUCACCAGCAUCGGUGGCGGCGCCGCCGGCAGCGCCUUCACGGACGCGCGCGGCAGUUUUGUGACCAGCAUCGGCCCCUCGGUGUCGCAGGCGGGUGCGGCGUCGCUGGCCGGCGCUGCCGCGGCCGCGAUGGAGGCGGAAGUGCAGGCCGCCGCCACCAGCCGCCCCUCCGCCCCGGCCAUCAAGUCAGCCACCAUGGGAGGCGCCGCGCUGGCGGUGGCCGCCGCGGCUGCAGCGGCUGCCGGCGCGAGCUCGCCUGCCGCCAAGCGCGUCACGCACACUGCUGGCCUGCCGCCUCGGCCCGUGACCGCCAGCGGCGCCGCUGCCAGCCCUGCGCCGGCCUUCGUCUUCCCGGUGGACCCUGCGACCAUGCACCUGCAGCGGGCGCUCCGUGCCAUGACCGGCGGCGGCGCCUCCACCGUGUCCACCACGGCUGCUGGCCAUGCAGCGGCCGCCGACGCCGCCGCUGCUGCCAGCAGUGGUGGCGCGCCGUCGGAGGCACACACCGCCCCUGCCGCCUUCGCCGCGGAGGCCCACAUCACCCGUGCCCUGCAGCUGCUGUCGGCGCCCAAGCCCACCUCUGCUGAUGGUGCUGACUACUCUGAGCAGGCGCAGCAGCAGGCCGAGCUGGCGGAGAUGCACGCGCAGGAGGAGCUGGUGGCGGCGCUGAUGGCGCUGCUGACCGCCAAGCCCGCUGCGCCCAGCCCCGCCGCGCCGGUACCCAGCCCCGCGCCCGUACCCACCGCUGCGGAUGAAGCGGCGCAGGAGCAGGAGGCCGCUGCUGAGCCCCCCGCUGCUGCACCCGCUGCUGAGUCGUCUGACGCGGCUGAGGACGUUGCUGGCGAGGCAUUUGACCUGCCUCCGCCGGAGCCGGCCGCUGAGCCUGAGCCCGCCGCCGAGGCCGUUGUUGCCGCCGACCCCGAGACCACUGCCGCCACCGAGUCUGCGGAGCUGCAGCUGGACAUGGCGCGGGCCAUGCAGGCGGCGGAGGCGGCCAGCGAGUCGGUGGCGGACCUGGCCGGCCCGCCGCCCGCGCCCGCCGACGGCGAGCUGCUUGACGGCGUGCCCUUUGACCAGGCCAUCAGCUUCAUCAUGGCCGGCCUCAAGGACUUUGACGGCGGCCCCGCGCAGCUGGCGCGCAGCCUGCACCUCAUGUACGCACCCUCGGUAGGCGGCGCCGCCACGGCUGCGGUGCCGGCAGUAGCGGUUGAUGCCAAGAGCGUCGGCACGUCCAUGGGCGGCGCGCUGUGGGAGGCCAGCCGCCGGCAGACGGCGGUGGCGCUGGGCGUGGCUGCAGCGCUGGAGGCGGUGGCAGAGGCGCAGGCGUCUGCCUCGGGCUCCGAGGAGGGUGACGAGGUGGUGCAGGAGCAGCAGGAGGAGGAGGCGGUGGAGGCGGUGCCGUCGCUGACGGAUGAGGACCGUGAGAAGGUGGCGGCCCUGGUGGCGGCGGCGGUCGCUGCAGCCGAGGCCUUUGCCGGCCGCCGCAGCGAGGUGUCGGCGGCUGAGCAGCAGCUGCAGGAGGCGGCGGAGCCCGCCGAGCGCGAGGCUGAGGUCUCCGCCGCGCCCUCCCAGCCGGAGAGCCCUGCUGCUGGCGGCUCCCCUGCCACCGGCGCGCCCUCCUCCCUGCAGCUGAUCUCGCAGCUGGCGGACCUCGGCGCCGACGCCAUGGCCAGCCUGCUGCCCGGCAGCGGCGGCGAGCUGCCGGCCCGCUCCGCGCCCGUCACCACCGCCGGCUCCGCCGCGCACGGCGCGCUGGCUGUGAUGCCGCCGCAGACCUUUGGCGGCGCCAUGGAACUGCCUGAGGACCGUGCCAUACACACCCACCCCGCCGCCCGCCACGGCGCCCCGUACAUGCCGUACGGCGACCUGGACGAGCAGCUGCGCCCCAUGUACAGUGGCGCCAGCGAAGUUGAGGCGGCAGCUGCAGAGCCCGCGUCGCCGCCCGUCGCCAGCCCGCGCGUCCCCACCUUCGCCACGCCCUCGGCCCCCGCGGUGCGCGCCGCGCCCGGCGCCGUUGUGGUGGCUGCCGCUGAUGUUGCCCGCUCCGAGCCUUCCACGUCGGCGGGUGCGGAGGACGCUGCUAUGGAGCCGGUUGCCCGCCUGGCGCAGACCGUGGCCGGCGCGCUGGCGGCAGCAGCGGAGCAGGAGGUUGAGGCGGAGGAGGCGGUGCGGGACGCCGCCGAAGAGGUCGCCGCCGCGGCUGAGGUGGAGCAGCUGACUGAGGUCAGCGAGGCCGAGUUGCUGGAGGUGGCAGCGCAGAUGGACGCCGAGGCGGAGGCGGAGGAGGCCAAGGUUGAGGCUGAGGUCGAGGUUGAGGAGCCCCUGCCGCUGCCGCUGGCAGCCAGCCUGGAAGAGCAGCCCUCGGCUGCCGACGGCAUCCCGCCCGCAGCCGCAGUCUCUACUGUUGCUAGCCGCUCGGCCCCUGUGACCGCCGGUGGCGACGCGGCACCGGCCGUGGCCCGUCCGGCGCAGACUGCUGGCGGCGUGGCCCCCGCUGCCCCUGCACCUACCGUCGUGCCUUCCGAGGCCGGCGUGGCUCCCACCUCUCCUGCUCCUCCCACCACCACUCGCGCUGCCGCGGUGGAAGGCGUGUCCGUCCCGCUGGUGACCGCCAUGGACCGCUUCAAGUCGCCCUACAUCGCCUCGCCCUACAAGCUGGCCACGGCCGCUGCCGCCGCUGGCGCUGCUGGCGGCGCCGCGACGCCGUCCGCCUGGAGCGUGCGCAGCGGCAUCGACAGCGAGAGCGGCUCGGUGGGCGAGGUGCGGCUGGCCCGCGAUGCCAUGACCGGCCGCCGCAGCGCGGGUCGCUCAGUCGUCGGCAGCGUGGCCGCCGUCUCUGAGGAGGCUGACGCGGAGGCCCAGGCCCAGGAGGCCGAGCCUGGGGAGGGCGGUGUGCGCCGCGCGCUAUUUGGCGGCGAGGAGGAGGUGGCCGCUGCCGCUCCCGCCCCGGCUGCCGCGGAGGAGCUGCUGACGCAGGCCGCGGCGCUGCUGCUGGGCGCCAUGCAGCGCGCCGCUGACGGCCAGCCCGAGCAGGAGGCCGCGCUGCGUGUGCUGGCGCCCGUGCUGGAGGGCUUGGCGGCGCCACCCGCCGUCACCGCCAGCGCCGCCGCGGCUGCUGCUGCCCAGUCGCGCUCCGCGCCUGUGACCAGCGGCGGCGUCAGCCGGCCCACUGCAGCCCUGCUGCAGUCCUCCCCCGGCACGCUGCCCGGCACCCCUGCUGCCACUGUCGCUCCUGCUGGAGAGGCGGCGGUGGUUGAGCAGGAGCCUGCGGCUGCCCAGCAGGCGCCCCAGCUGCAGCAGCUACGGCUGGACGAGGACGAGGAGGGCGCGCUGCCCUUCCGCUCCGACGGCGGCGCCUUUUCCUUCUCCACUGGCGGCGCUGUGACUGCCAGCACCCCUACCGCUGCGGCUCCUGCCGAGGCGCCCGCAGGCGCCGAGGCCGCUGCCGACGCUGCCGGCUUCGCCACCGCCGCCGACCUGGAGACGUUCAAGGACGACAUCAUGACCUCGGUGCGCACGGCGCUGAUGGAGGUGGUGGACAUGAUUGGCACCACCAUUGCCGCGCAGCAGGGGGGCAGCGCGGCGCAAACACCCGCGGCAGCCUCCCGCGUCACCACCGCUGGCGGCGCCGGCACCGAGCAGCCAGAUUCGCCCAGCGCCUCCUCUGCCAGCACCGUCACCACGCCCGCCCAGUCACCCGCCGUUAACUCUGCCGAGGUGCAUGAGGAUGAGGAGGCGGAGGCGGGGCAGCCGCAGUCCCUGCAGGGCGGCGGCGCCAGCAGCACCAGUGCUGGUGGCAGCAGCGAGGUGAUCCGCAUCACGCGCGCCGAGCUGGAGGCGUUCAUGUUCGGCAAGGCCGUGCUGGCGUCCGGCGCGGCCGAGGACCUGAUGGGCACACGCCUGCGUGACCUGUACGCGCCGCCGCUGCCAGAGGACGACGAGGACUUAAUGGGUGGCUAUGACGCCGCCAGCAUCGCCUCUCACGGCCCCAUGGACACCGCGUCCUGUGCCUCCUUCAUCACAACCGCCGCUGGCCGCACCCUGCCCGGCACCUACAGCCCCUCCACCCUGGCCGCCACCGCCGCCGCGCGCCGCGCCGCCGCCAGCGUGGGCGGCCUGCCGCGCGCCGCCGGCCCCUCCGCCCCGUCCAGCUUCAUGUCAGAGCCGGGCGGCGUGGAGGAUGCCGAGGGCGGCGAGCCCACGCCGCACGGCGUGCCCCGCAGCUCCGCCCUGCGCCAGCCGCUGGACACCAGCCGCGCCGAGUUCAAGGCCCUGUUCCGCCGCUCCAUGGAGCACCUGCGCGGCCAGCUAGCCUCCACCUCCGGUGCCGACGCCGCCGCUGUGGCUCGCUCGCCCAGCCCAACCGCCGGGCAGUCGGCCGCCCCUGGCCGGCCGCCCCUAGUGCCGCGCGGCGCCCGUGUGGGCGGUGCGCAGCAGUCGGCGCCCGGCGCGCCGCCUCGUCAGGCCGCCGGCAGCACCCGCUUCACCAGCGCCCCCGGCGGCGCCCUGCCCGCAGCAGGGUACCCUGGGCCCGAGCUGGAAGCGACGCUGGGCGCCGUGCUAUCACAGCAGAUGGCGGCCGCCGCCACGGCCGCCGCCGCCGAGCUUGAGGCCUCGGCCCGCGCUGCUGACGACGUGGAGCUGGAGGCGCACCUGUCCGCCGGCGCGCCCGAGCGCACCGCCAACGUGUCGCGCUUGCCCGACCCCGCCGCGCCCGCAUACCAGCUGCCGCGCAGCGCCUCGGGCGGCUCGCAGGCUGACGCCGUGGGCGAGUUCCUGGCGGCGCUGGCGGAGCCAGUUGUGGCGGUUGCGGGCCUGUUCAUCCCGCCGCCCAUGCCGCAGCGCAGCAUCGUGAUUGAGGAGGUGACGGACGAGGCUGCGGAGGUGGGCGCAGGCCAGCGUGCUCGCCCCAGCCGCGUGCCAGGCUACGCCGCGCAGUCGGCGGGGGGCGUGGCGGCUGGCUGGGGCGAGGGCGAGGAGGAUGAGUCAGAGGAGGUCAGCCCACGCGCCCACUCUGAGGCCAGCAUGCCCACCCGGCGCCUGCGCCUUCACCGCCCGGUCGUCCCCGGCGACGACGCGGCCAGCCGGCAGCAGCAGCAGCAGCAGCAGCUGUCCCGCAGUGCCGCCGCCUCGCCGCUGCCGUCGUCGCAGCAGCACGCACCGGUUGCCGCGGUCAGCACUAGCAUGCCGUCCCACCCGCUGGGCCCCUCCCGCCUCAAGAUGGCUUCCACGGCCGGCGCUGGCCAGGCGGUGAUUGAGGACCGCCCGUUGUCCAGCUUCGCCGCCAGCGAGGGCGGCCGUGCCAUCACGCCCCCCCGCCGGCGCACGCCCAGCCCCGGCCCGCGCCCUCGCGCCUCGCCGCCCGCGUCACCGCCGCUGUCCUCUGUGCAGCGCAGCGCAGCCGUGCCUGUCAGCGGCGAGCCGGUAGGUCCCGCGACUGCUCGGGUCGCCGCCGUGCAGCCGGUCGUCACCGAGCCGCCACACCUCGACGAGAUUGCCGAGGCCGCCGCCGCCGCUGCCGCUGCUGCCCGCGCCGCCGCUGCUGAGGCGGCUGAGGCCGCCGACCUGGCCGCCGCCACCCGCGGCCUAGAGGACCUGGAGGCCUACCUGGCAGCAUUCAAGUCGCGCAUCGGAGCCGACGUCGCCCUGGCCUCGCACGGCGGCAGCAGCAGCCAGCCGGACACGCUGGAGUCGGCCUCCUCCGCUUCCACGGCGCUGGUGCCACUGCCCGCAGGUGCGCUGCGCGCCAGCAUGGCUGGCAGCGCCGCCGGCAGCGCCACCAGCGCGGCGCACGGCAGCCUGGUGACCGGCUACAACCUGCACACCAUCCGCGCCUCUGCAGCGUCCGCGCUGGCCGCGGCAGCGGCCGUGGAGCAGACCUUCUCGCCGCGCCCUGACGAGGAGGCGGAGGCGCAGCUGCAGCGCCCGCCUGUGGUGGUGGAGUCGCCGACCAAGGCCCCGCCCGCGCCGGCGGCUGAGCGGUCGUCUGGCGGCGCAAGUGUCGUGAGCAGCGCUGCCACCAACGCCUCCGCCGCCACCGGUACCACCAACCCGGUCCUGCGAGAGCACCUGGACCACUUCCAGGCGCUGCUGGAGAAGGCCAACGACCUGGUGGACCGCCUCAUGACAGAAGAGGAGGAGGAGGAGGAGGAGGCGGCAGCCAGCGAGGCAGGCACGGACACCAGCGCCGCCGACCGCAUGCCUCGCAACACCGACACCACGCCUGUCGGCGUCGCCGCGGCCGCCUCCGCCGCGCGCCGCCACAUGCAGCACCGCCUCUCCCACGCCAGCCCUGCGGAUGGCGCCACCGGCGUCGCGCCUGCGCUCGCCUCCGCCUCCGCCUCGCCUCUGGCGACGCCGCAGGCCUCUCUGGACCCCGAGCUGGCGGCGCUGUUCCCCGCCACCGCCGCCCGCCUGGCGCGGCCGCACGCGCAGGCCGAGCAGUCGCCCGACGCCGCCGACUCGCUGCUGGCCAGCGCCGUCAGCGCCGUGCCCAAGCUGGCCGCCGCCGCCGAGCGCGCCCGCUCCCUCAGCUCCACGCCGCUGACCCGUUCGCCGGCGCCCAGCCUGGGCGGCCGCAGCGUGGCUGGCGCCACGCCUGCCACCUCCACCGCGCCUACGGCGGCGGCGGCAGCCGCGCCGUCACCGGUGGCGCUGGUGGCGGCGAUGCUGGCGGAGGCGCACUCGCGCAUGGAGUUCCGCAGCCUGGAGGAGCAGCGCGGCGCUGACAUGAUCCUGUCGGCCGUGCUGGACGAGCACUUCUCCAAGCUGCUGGGCACGCCCCGCGGCUACUACCUGACGCCCGCGCCCGCCCCCCGGCCGGCCGCGGCCACGCCGGCGCCCGUCGCCGACGCGGCGAAGGCCGACGAGGUGCCGGCGGCACAGCUUCAGCAGCCGGUGGCGGCUGACCUUGCCGCCGCCUUCGACCAGGCUGCAGAGACGGUCGCUGCCAUUCCUGAGGCCGCACCCGCUGCUGAGGUGCAGGAGCAGGCCGUUGCUGUGGCGCCCGUCGCGGCGCCGCUUGCGGCUGAGCCCGUGGCCGUCAAGCCCGCGCCCGUUGAGGAGGUUCAGGAGGUUCAGGUCACGCCGGUCCGGCCGCCGCUGCCGCCGCCGCCUCCCCCGCGUGACGAGCUGGGUGAGGUGCUGCAGCUGAUCAUGCAGCAGCGCUCAGACAUCAUCUCCAGCGCCCUGGACGCGGUGCACCGCGCCGCCGCCACGCCUGCGGCCCCAGCUCCGGCCAGCAAGCCCGCGCCGGCUCCUGUGAUGCCCGCGGUAGCCCCUGAGCUGCCCGAGCAGCCGCAGCUGCAGCCGCUGCCGCGCAUGCCUGGCGUCGCUUCCGCGCCGGGCUCUGCCAUGCCCUCCGCUGGCGGUGCCGCUGCCACACCUGCACCCGUCGUCGCCUCGGUGGGCGGCGCGCUGCCUGUGGGCCUGCCCCGCUCCCGCAUCCCCCCCGCCCCCGGAGUGACCGGCAGCCCUCAGCAGGAGGUCCCGGCCGCCGCCGCCGCCGCCGCGCCGCUGCCCGAGCCCUUUGCGGCGUCGCCCACCACUGUGGAGCUGACGGCGGGCCUGGCGCCGCAGCUCACCGGCUCCUCCGCCGACAGCGCCGACGGCGGGCCGCCGCAGCGCCACCCCGCCGACGCCGCGCUGCUGGCCGAGCUGCCGCACGUGCUGUCGGUGCUCACCGUGCCCGCCACCAGCGUCGGCCACGCGCCGCCGCCGCAGCCGCUGAUGCCUUACCAGGAGGCGGACGGCGGUGAGAGCGGCCGCACCAGCUACAACACCUCCCUAGCCGGCAGCUACCGCGCCCUGCCGCUGAGCGGCGUGCCCCAGAACAACGCCUCUGCCACCUCCUCCACGGCCGGCGCCUUCCGCCGCUCCGCCUCGCACACGGGCGCCCCGCUGCCGCCUCCGGCGCCAGCGCCGGCGCCUGUGCCUCGGGCUCUUCCGUCCAGCGGCGGUGUGGGCCUCAUCCCGGCCGAUGAGGCUGCCAUGGUGAUGGCCGCGCGCGCCAGCCUGACCGCCCCCAACGCCCCCGGCUCCAGCCACAGCCUUGGCGGCGCGACGGUCCAGCGCACCUCUGCGCCCACCACGAGUGCUGGCGGCAUGUCGGCUACCAGCGCCCCCGCCGCUGUGAGCGCGCCCCGCGCUGCGGGGCGGCCGCCUCUGCCUGCCCUCCCCUCGCCCGCCGCCGAGUCCGCCGCGUCUGGCGUGGACCUGUCGCACCUGAUUGACGACGACGACAGCGAGCUGGCGGCCAGCCGCAACGCCAGCGUAGCCGGCAGCGUUGCCGGCAUGCCCUCCCCCUCCGCCAGCGGCUUUUCCACCACGUCCCUGGGCGGCGCCUCCAGCAUCGCGGGCGUGGCGCAGAACCCCUUCCUCCUGGGCGGCAGCGGCGCCCCCGCCUCCGCUCCCACUGCACAGGCAGCGGCGCCUGCCGGCACCGCGCCGGCGCCGCAGCUGCCCCCGGCUUCCGACACGUCCAGCGAGGCGUCCAUGGCCUCGUACACCCGCGGCAUCCUGGUGUACGCCGGCCGCGAGUCGGAGGCCGGCGGCGUCGUGCUGCCGGAGCCCGUCGCGCCCGCCGCCUCUGCGUCCGCUUCUGCUGGCGGCGCUGCGGCUGUGGCUGUUGCUGCAUCCACGGUAGGAAGCAUGGGCGGUGCGUCUGUUGCCUCCGCCGCCCUCAGUGACGAUGUGCUGGCGGGCGGCGCCUUCCGCUACAACCCCGUGUACGAGCACUCGGCUGCCGGCGCCGCGUCCCUCGGCGGCGCCACCACGGCCACCGGCCCCGCCGGGCACCCCUUCGGCUUCUCCGUGGGCGGCGCCGUGGGCGGCUACGGCUACGCCUCAGAAAGCCGCGACAGCAGCGUCGCUGGCGCAGGCGCAGGCGCUACCGGCCCCGCGCCUCCUGUGGGCCUGUCGCGCGGCAACAGCACGACCUCGCGCACCGGCGGCCUCACAUCGCUGGAGCACGAGCACGCCUACACGCCGCUGGCGCAGGCCGCCACGGCGGCUGCGGCGGGCGGCAUUGGCGCCUCCGACGGCGGCGCCAGCUCCGCCCUGUCGGCGCGGCUACUCAGCGCGGGUGGCACCACCACCGCGGUGCUGGACCCCAACCCCGCCUUUGACCUGCACCCCGACGACCUCAAGUCCGCCUCCACCUCCUCCGCCGCGGUGGCCGCCAACGCCGCCUCGGGCGCCUCGGGCUCCCGGCUGGAGCUGACGCUGUCGGGCGGCGUGUCGGGCGGCGGCGCGACGCCGCAGCAGGCCGCCAUCUACCCCCGCCUGCACCUGGACUUCGACACGCAGGCGCAGGAGGGUGCCGGUCUGCUGGACGAGAGCCUGGGCGCGCUGGGCCUCAGCAUAGACAGCGCAACACCGGAGGAGGCCGAGGCCGCCGCGCUGGAUGCACUCGCCGAGGCGUUUGGCGGGGCGCCCGCAUCGCCGUCUUCCACCCUGCCGCUGACGCCCAUUGGGGCCCCCGAUCCGGAGGAGGUCCGGCCGCCGGCUGCAGCUGGUGCCGCGGCGAGCGUGGUGAGCGGGCGCAGCCUGUCCUCCAUGCCGCUGGCGGUGCCAAGCCCUAGCUGGGGCAACUCGGUGGGCGGCUUUGAUGAGCACAGCCGCGAGCUGUCGUCGUCGUCGUUGCUGGGCACGUCGGGCCUGACAGAGGCGCAACUGGCCAUGCUGGCGGCCGCGCCUGAGCUGCCCGGCGGCAGCCGCCCCGGCAGCCGCAUCCUGACGCAGCACCUGACGGCGCUGCAGCAGCUGCAGCAGGCGCACGCCGCGGCGGGUGGAAGCGGCAGCGCCUUCACAAGCGCAGGCGGCGCCAGCAGCGCCUACUACAGCGCUGUGCAUUCGGCGGCGGUCAGCCGCGCGGUGAGCCAGGCUGGAGGCCGCCUCGCCGUGGCGCUGCCCCCGGCCGCGCCGGCCUCGGCGGCGUCGCCUGUGCCGCUGCCGUCUACGGCGGACACGGAGGAGGCCGCCACCACGUCCUUUGACUUCGAGGAGAUCAGCCGCGAGGCUGCCGCCGUUGCUGACGUGCUCGGCACGCCCGAGCGACAGGAGGUGGACCCACUGAACGCGACUAUGCGUGGCGCUCGUAGCGCCCGCGGCUCGCUGGCCGGCCCUGCCGGCAGCCGCGCCAGCAGCGGCGCGGGUGCCGCGCCCGCGCUGGCGCUGGAGGCACUGCUGCCCACACCGGGCUUUGGCACGGCUGCCGAAGGCGCUGCCGCGCCCGCUGUCGCCCUGCCUGCUGUUGCGGCCGGCCCUGCGGAGCCUGUGGCCAGCGGCUUCGAGGCGCCUCUGGGCCCUCUGGAGGCCGUGACUGAGGACGCUGAGGAGCCGGCAGUGGCACCGGAGCUGGCGGCUCCGGCGCCCACCGCCAAGCGCUCCGGCGGCGGCCUUGUGGCCGCAGCCAUCCGCCGCUUUGAGGUGGGGGCUGCAUCUGCGGCCAGUCACGCCGCAGAGCAGCAGCCGUCGCAGGCGCUGAGCCAGGAGCUCUUCCCGAGCGGCCCGGGCUCGCCCAAGCCUGUGUUCAAGCCCGCCAGCCGCACGCCGUCCGGCAUCCCGCGGCCACCGUCCAGCCCCGGUGCCAUGCAGGGCGGCAUGUCGCCCGCAGCCAGCCGCAGCCCCAGCUCCGCCUCAUCUGCCGCCGGUAGCCGCCGCAACUCGGAGACCGCGGAAGGCUUUCCUACCGCACCGGACGGCGCAGCCGGCACCGUGGCCACUCGCGAGUGGGUGCCGUCGGAGUCGGAGGAGGAGGCCCCGGCUGUGCAGCAGCCGCAGCAGGAGCCACAGCAGCAGCAGCCGGCCCGGCCUGCCUCGGUGGCGGGCGCUGCUGCCGCACGCCCCGCCAGCCCCUCGCCCAUGCGCCCGCAGAGCUCCCCCGGCGCUGCUGCCAGCCCGGCGGGCCCACAGCGCGCCACCAGCGGCGCCGCGGCCAUGGCCAUGGCUCGCAACAGCGCGGGCCGUUCCGGCAGCCCUAGCCCCAUAGCCACCUCGCAGUCCCGGCCCGGCUGGAACAGCAGCACUGUCGCCAGCCCGCCCGUCAAGCGCGGCAGCCCCGCCACCACCACCACCGCGGCCUCCGGCAGCCACACCACCGGCGGCUCGCCCUCGCCGCAGCAGCAGCCCCCCCUGCACGAGGCUGUGCGCGCGUACCGCAACAUGCGUCGGUCGCAGGUGUAGAAGUUGAAACAGUGGUAUAGAUGAGAGUUCGGUGUACCUGAGUAUGGUGUACGGUAUUAGAGACCCCAACGUGCAGCAGUAGUGUAUUCGUGAGCAGGAGCCUCGAUACUGCAGUGCUGCUUGCGUGACGUAGUUCCUUAUUAGAGAUACUGAUCCCCUUCUUUGCAUGCGAAGCUUAACUGUUCAUAGCGUUCUGGAUGUUGAGCAGGGUUUGACAAUUUCGUUGGUGAUUCCUUACGUGAUGACUUACAGUGCCCUGCACUUACCAACCGGCAAGGAGCGUUUUAAGGGGACGCGCUGACGUACGUGCAUGGCGUCGGGGAUAGGGACAUGGCUGGAGCGGUAGCUAUUCUGCGGGACGUGUGCUGCGCUCGCUGCGACUGACGCUGUCGGGUUCUAGCUAGCAUGCGACUGUGUAUCAUUACUAGUCUUCAGACUGCUACUAGGAUGGUCGUUUGGCGCAAAACGUGUGCUUUCAUUGAUGGUGUGCUGUGUUUUGGCCUGCGCGUUACACGUGCCUUCAGGCAAGGGCCCUGCAUGCAGCAGGGCCGCCGCAGUGCCGCACACCUGUUGGACUGGAGGCAAGGGCCCGUGAAACACUAUGGACGAACGCAAUGGCGGUUGUGCCCUACACCUGUAAUAUGGUACUGAUGUGAGG